CUAGCUAAAAAUAUUGACCGCGGUCAGACCCAUUGAGUGGACCAAUCAUUGUCGUCAUAGGCUGAUUCACGCAGGAAACUGUCCCGCUUAUAAAACGAGACAAUUGCUAUACACGCCAUUAUAUUGUUCGGCGCCAUACGAACCGCUCCCGUUAAAACAAACGCCAAAAUGCGUAAAGUAAUUCUUUAUAUCCUAAAUAUUCUCUACGCCCUUUUCGGGCUCGCGUUAUUCCUCGGUGGUGUCGCGUUUUGUAUAUACGUGGCCCAGUUUACUGCCUUGAGGAACACCCAUCAUUAUAAAUUGGACUUCAGCUUGUAUUGGCCUCAAGUGAUACCAGUCGUCGCUUGCUUGGCUGGGAUCUUCGUGAUCUUCGUCAGCUGCUGUGGCUGCUGCACUGCUUCGAAGAACAACAAGGGCUUCACAAUUAUGCAGUCUAUCUUUAUCCUGAUCACCUUAAUAGUGCUUAUAACCUGUGCUGCCUUAACGUUGAAAUAUGGCGAUAAUGAAGAAACAGACGUGUAUUUGAUUGACGCGCUAACAGACGGAUUUUCUGAAGCGAAAACGAGUCAGAAUCACCAGGAGAUGUUCUCAAGGAUCGAAAGCUGGCUUGGUUGCUGCGGCGCUGAAGGAUCAUCAAGCUAUAGGCCUCAUGGCGUGCAUUAUUUACCUCAAUCCUGCUGCGGAUAUUCAGAAGAUUCUAAUCAAAAAUGCGAAUUCACAUCCAAGGAGGCUACUGAUAGGCAUGGCUGUGUAAAAGUAGUUGUUUCUUACAGCAGAUUAUUCCUAAGAGUUUUAGCUGCGGCUGCUGCCGUCGCAGCCUUCUUUGGAAUCUUAAGUUUAGUAGCUACUUUAGCAUUAUCGAUAGGACUGAAGAAAAAGCCAGCAGUGUAUGAAGCGACGGACAUCGAGACGAAGAAAGGACUUUUGUAAAGUGUUGUGUUUUAUGAAAUGAGUCAAGCUUUAAUAUCCCGCCGCGUUGGGAUGAAACUUCUAAAGUUUUAUUUUGAAAACUUUAAAGAAGUUUCAGUAUUUGUAAAGUUGAGGUAUUUUUUUUUGCAACUUGUACAAUAGUUCAAAGGUUAGUUGCAAAAAUGUUCUUGAUGUUUACUAAUUUAAAUGUUUUGAAUGUGUUCAUGUGUGUGUGAGAAUGUUUAAUAUUUAUUGUAGGAAGCUAGUGGUGAGAUAACCAAAGAUAGGUAUAUUGUAAUUUACUCUUUACUUAUGUAAAAUAGUGUGAUUUUAAAGUAAUGCUAGUUUAUUAGCUAAUUAAAAGACAAAUUAAAUGAAAGUAACAAUAAAAACAUUCACUGUAAAUUCUUAAAUUGUUGUGUUGUUUUUAAUGUUUUGAUUGAAAAUGGUCUCGUAAUAAAUCUAAGUGUAAAAGCAAAUAUUGAUAUUUAUUCUCGGAUGGUAAAAACAUACAUACUGAAAAGACAUAGUAAUACUUAACAGUAUUAAAAUGAAACAAACAAGGUCAUAGUGUGUGAGGAAGAAUUUGCUUUUAAUUGACAUAAUAGAUAAAUUUGUUAGUUUGUUCGUUCUCAUACCUUUGUAGAGGACAAAUGAAUUAACAAUUGUUCUACCUACACUCAUUAUGCCAUUAUUUUACGAAACAAAAGGUUUUUGUUAUAUUUUAUAAAACAUUACCAUUCGCACAUUCCAUUCAGCACAGAAUCCACCUAAAAUAAUAUUUUUUUAUUGUAUAGACAAUAUUUAAAAAAUUGUUGCUGAUGUUGUACCGAAAGUUACGUUAUAUUAUAAGUUAGUAAUGUAGUUUACGUGAUAUUAAUAGUGAAUAAUAUUAGUAAAUAUAGAUCAUAAAAAUUAUAGAUAAGUAGUAUUUUCUUGACAGGAUAUAAACAAUAUACUUAAUUGGUAUAAUUUUAAAAAUAUACAGACAUUUAUAAAAUAUAU